UCUGGGAGGUUGAUUCACAAAAUUCAAUAAUGGUUUUUUUAUAUAAAAUUUUAAUACUUUAUUUAUUUACAGUUUAAAAAAAGGUGUGUAUUGUGAAAAUGUCCAGAUUUUUUUUAUGGAAUUUAUCGAACAAACUACAGUUACGAAAUGAGAUACCAGAAAAAAUUAAAAAAAUAACUAGCAUAAGUAAUCAUAUUUAUAUUUUAACAACCGCCAAUAAUCUUUAUCAUGGGUUUAUAAAAACCAACGAACUUGAGCAAGAACAAUUAAGUGUGGUAAAAGUUGAUGGGGUACUCUUAAAAGAUAUAGAUUGUUCGAACAGUGAAUUAUUUGGCGUUGAUUUGUCAGGAAAAGUUUUAAAGUACACAGAUAAUUUAGAAAUUAUAAAAGAAAUCUUAUUAAUAGAAGAUUCUAAACCUUGUCCUCAUGGAAGUAUCGGAACAAAAUUUAAAAUGAAAGUAGAAAAACUAUCUGUAGGUUUAUAUGGAAAUUUAUACAUAACGGAUAACGGACAACUUUGGGCGUCUGGAAAUAUGCAUCAAAUUGGAAUAAAUAGUGAUACCCCAAAACGCGUUACCUUUUUUGAAGAAAGAUAUGUUUAUAGUGCUAAAACAGGAAGUGAUUUUGCUAUUGCAAUAGUUAGUAAGCAACACAAUGAUGAAACGAUAGGUGUUGGCGAAGAAAUAUUAAUUUCAACUUGUCCAAAUUGUAUAUGUUCCUCACAACUCACUUCUCCCACUUCCCCAAAUUCUUAUUCAGAAAGUUGUCCAUCAGGAAUCCCAAUUCCAGCCAGUUACGAUAUUGAAACAACUUCCACCAGCAGUAAAAGUGAUAGUACCUGUUCAAAUGACACUAAACAAUGCAUAAAUAACUCUGGUUCUACAGAAAAUAACGAUAAUAAUGAUAAAAGUGAAAGGAAUAUAAUUUUUCGUAACACAGAAGCCGCAAGGGAAUUUUUAACACGACAAUUUUCAUGGAUGUCCUCAGCCGGAGAAGAAUAUUUAGUUGAAUGUACCGAAAAACCUACCCGAAUAAUUAAAGAAAAUGUUAGUAAUAUGGCUUCUUUAGUUUAUGAAGGUGUUAAAACCGUCGGAGAUAAAGUGGUCACUUUAUCAAGGCAUAUGAGUGGCAGUUCUGAUAAUAAUGAAGUUCCUGAAAACGUCGAGGAGAUCCAUUUACCAAGGGUAACCUCCAAAGAUGAAUUUGUGUGGUCUCUAAGUCAAGGAACGUCCGAAAAGGAUUUAUCUGAACAAGGUUUGGAGGAACGAUGUAAUUCAAUCGUGAAGAACGGAUUUAAUCUUAUUAAUUGCGAAAUUUGGACUUGGGGCAAUAUUAUUCAUGGACAGUUAGGUAUGCGUUUCUUGGGUCUUGGUGAUAUAAUAAAGAGAGAACGUCCAAUGAUAAUAACAAAACUAUCAAAUAUAGGGGCUAUUAAGAUAUCGGUACAAAGUUACCACGCAGCCGUUUUAACUUUAGAUGGUCGAGCUUUUUUGUGGGGUCGAAACGAUUUUAAUCAGGUAACGGUUGAUUCGGAUAUGGAUCAAAGUUCACCGAAAAUGUUUAAUAACGUUCAAUCGUCGGAACGUGUAAAAGAUUUAUGUUGCGGUUCUUAUCAUACGUCCGUUUUAACGUACAAUAACGAGUUAUUUUAUACUGGGAAGACGGCAGCAAAACUCGUAAAACUUCAAACGUCUGAUAUUAGUACAAAUGAUAUAAAUAAAAAAAUGCAAAACAUGAAUAAUUUCGAAAACAAUGAAUAUUUUAUACCGAAUAAAUUGUUUUCUACGUUGAAUAUAACGGGGUUAAAUGAAAUUUUUAAUAACAAUGAGUUUAUGGUACCGUAUUUGUUAAAAGAACAAGAGCAUUUAGAGCAAAUGUUAGCAAUACAAAGUGGUUUUAUAAAAAUUUUGCAAAAGAAAAAUUGUUCUGAUUCAACAAUGUUGUACGAAAAUUUAUGUACAACUUAUAUGGAAUUAUUACAUUUUAAUGCGGCUAAUGUAAAAACUUUAGCGGAUUAUUGCAAUAAUAAAAUAAGCGAAUGUGAUGUUGUUAUGUUUAAAUACGUUGAAGAACAUUUAUUUAUUUAUAAAAACUAUUUAAAUUCGUUAUAUAACGUAUUAAGUAUAAGUGGAUGUAAAUACAUAUCGAGAAUUUUAGAUAUUCCCUUAGGUUUAUAUAAAAGUAUCGAUGGAAAUAACUCAUUUAAGAAAGAUAAAAAAAACGAUGAAAUGCUCAUUAACACAAUACUCAUGAAUCCUUACAAUAAAUUAAGUUAUUAUUUAGAAUUAUUUUCGAAUAUGAUCAAUAACACGAAUAAACAGCAAUAUCAUGAUAUUUAUAAUAAAUGGAAUAGUUUCGUUGAAGAACAAGAGGAACUAUUAAACGAUGCUAAUCGUACAAAUGAAUUUUGGAAUAAUUUCGGUAAAACCGUAGAAAAUUUAAAAAAACCCGAACGUAGAUUAAUUCGAGAAAGUCGAUCGUUUCCAAUAAACCUUCAUAACGCGGGUUUAUUUUCUUCGCACUGGUUCAUACUUUUAAAUGACUGUUUUGUUCACAUUAACGGUUCUUGGAUAGUUAGACAUGAUUUAAAAACAAUUUGGGUUGAACCACAACAAGAUUUAUCAAACGGACAGUUUCAAAUUUCAUUAAAAAUGCCGGAAGAAACGAUCGAGCUUUACACAAUUCAAGCUGAAGAUAAAAUUCAAUGGUUUCAUACUUUACAACAAGCGAUUAAAAAUGCACUAGGAAAAUCAAACGCCCAUCAACCACCUUCACUAAGAACAGCUUCUUAUACAUUUACGAAAAACGGAUAUUACAAAGACGCUAAUUAUACUGGAAGGUGGUUAAACGCUAAAAUGCACGGCUCCGGAAAACUUACCUGGAUUGAUGGAAAAAUUUACACAGGACAAUUUAAUAACAACCAAAUGCACGGAUUUGGUAAAAUUACCCUUCCAAAUAUAGGCGUUUACGAAGGACAAUGGAAAGAUAAUCAACAAAACGGCUUUGGAAUUUUAAAAUAUACAAACGGUGAUGUUUAUAAAGGUUAUUUUAAAGAUGGUCAACCCCACGGACAUGGUUCUUUAAAACAAGGCAAUUUUACCGCAUCCUCAGCUUCGAUUUACAUUGGAGGUUGGAUUUUGGGCACAAAAAAUGGUUAUGGGGUUAUGCACGAUAUCGUUACUGGUGAUAAAUAUUUGGGGACUUGGUUGGAUAAUAAAAAACAUGGAAAAGGACUAAUCGUUACAUCAGAAGGGGUUUAUUAUGAAGGAAUUUUUAAUCAAGAUGUUCUUACGGGUAAUGGUUUAAUGAUAUUAGAAGAUGGAACAUUUUACGAGGGUGAUUUUAAAGGAACCGGAAUUUUGGGUGGAAAAGGAAUUUUAACACUAACUUCCGGUCACACUCUAGAAGGUAACCUAACCGGUUCUUGGAACGAAGGGAUAAAAAUUUCAAAUGGAGUUCUUUCGUUAUCGAAAGAGAUCGAAGUUUCACCGCCGAAAACGUUCAGUACUUUUUGUACUCCUGUCGAUCAAAAAUGGAAAUCCCUCUUUAGAUAUUGCCAUCAAAUUCUUGGAACGACCGAAGCUAAUGUUAAAAAAACACCCGAUACGCAAAAAAUUUGGCAAAAUGUUGCUGUUGUUAUUUCAAAUUCGUUCCAAGUUAGUGUUAAAAAUAAAUCGGAUCGCGGAAUCGAAAAUUCUGUAAAUAAUUUGGAUACUAUUCCUCAAUAUGGAAGGGAAAGUAUCGAUUCGAAUAGUUUUCAAUUGAUUAAACAAUAUGUAAAUAAAGCUUUUGAAUGUUCCUAUCAUCCUUUAGGGUCACUUUUAAGUGACUUAACUGUUGCUUAUACAACGAGUUAUGGUGGAUUAAGACCACACGCAUUAUUAUUAGUACACGCUGUAAAUGAAUUAAGAUCAAUAACUGAAAGAUUAUUUGAUAUUGUACGGUUAUUAUUCCCAGCUCUUCCUAGUUAUGAAGAACAAGUUAUUGUUAAUGGAAACGCCAUUGAAGAAAAUGUUGUUAGUUGCCAAUCAUUACUUUACCCUAUUAUUUUACCACGAGUACAUUCAUCUCUAUUCACACUUUAUACUUUAAAAUGUAAAAGCUGCGAUGCUCAGUAUUGGAAAAGAUUAAUCGAAUGGAAUAAACAACCAGAUUAUACACUUAUGGCGUUUUUAAGUGUUAAUCAGAAAUUCUUAAAUUCCGAAACUCAAGAACCACUUUCACCAAUACCAAGAGUAAAAGAUCAACAUUUUGUAGAAGCGAUUGAAACAUUGCAAUUAUUAAAAACAACAUUUUCACCAAUUGAAAAAUUAAACGUGAUUCGAAAUACAUUUGAGAAAAUGACGGAUGCUGUUCAAAGAAAAUUGGGAGAUCAUUAUAAAUGGAAUAUGGACGAUUUAUUUCCGGCCUUUCUUUACGUCGUUGUCAGAGCGAGAAUACCGCAAUUAGGAUCGGAAUUAAAAUUUAUCGAAGAUUUUCACGAUCCGAAUGCGAGUAUCGGCGAGUUAGCCUUGAUGUUUACCACGUUACAAGCGUGCUAUCAACAAAUACUUUUGGAAAAAAUUUCGGUUACCUGAAAAUUAGUCAACAAAAAUAAAUUUAAAUUAAAAAAAGGCGAAAACAUAUCAAAUUUGAUUUUUUUUUCUGUAAAUAAAAUGUGUAUGAAGAAAAAUUAUGUGUAUGUGGUCGAGAACUGAAUUUGUUUAAAAGAAAAAUUAAGAGUAACAACAAAAAUUUAAACGUAUCUGCCAGUGUUCAUAGAUUAAUUAUAUAAUUAGGUAUUAAAUUUGUGAUAUUAAUUUCUUAAAUAUUCAU